CAGCAAAUUAUUUUCACUGAUUUAUGAAGAAAUGGUUACUAGACUAGCUCGACACUACAUUCUGAGCAACUCAUUGUGUUACACUGUGCUUUGUACACUUUGCAUUUGGCUAUCUGGUGUAUCAACGGAAAUUGUUAUUGGCCAGAAUGAGACAAAAGUACAUCUCAUGUUCUCCAAAUCAGAAUUAAAAACAGUAGUGGGAGAUGUCAAGGAUCUGCAGUUAACUCUGAAUGACACCAUUGCUAGCAAUGCUACGCUGGCCUUUACUUACCAGAUAGGGGACACAAUCAGCUCCGUGGAGAAGGACCACUACAUAGAACCUAUACCUGAUAUCUUUAUUGUAGCUAAUCAGACAAAGUCAAUAUCAUUCAAUAUUACAAGUACUGGUGUGGGCCAUUUCAACCUUGGAGUCAACUCUUCAUCAAAACAGUUCACAAAAUUAUCUGAGCAGUUUGUGAGGAUUACCAUUGUCCAUAGCUCGGCUCUGGUUGUGAUUAAUUCUGUAAUUGGUUGGAUCUACUUUGUGGCUUGGUCUGUUUCUUUUUAUCCCCAGGUGUAUGAAAACUGGAGAAGAAAAAGUGUGGUUGGUCUGAAUUUUGAUUUCCUUUUGUACAACAUCACAGGAUUCCUGGCGUAUGGCUUCUUCAAUGUGGGAAUGUACUGGGUUAAUGAUGUCAAGGAGGAAUACAUGAAUAAACAUCCAAGGGGAAUAAAUCCUGUACAGCUGAAUGAUGUCAUUUUUACACUACAUGCUGUGUUUGUGACGGCUGUGACAAUAUUUCAGUGUUUUGUUUAUGAUAGAGGGGGUCAGAAGAUCUCUAAGAUUUGUAUAACCCUGGUGUCUCUAGCCUGGUUGUUUAUUGUUGUGGCAUUAUUUAUUGUUAUAUUUGGAGAUGACAUCAUUACCUGGCUACAGUAUCUGUACUAUUUCUCAUAUGUUAAGCUGGGAGUUACCAUCAUCAAAUACAUUCCACAGGCUUGGAUGAACUGUAAGAGACGGAGUACACUUGGAUGGAGCAUUGGGAAUGUCCUCCUGGACUUCACUGGAGGCAGCUUCAGUCUUCUACAGAUGUUUCUGUUAGCCUAUAACAAUGAUGAUUGGUCGUCUAUAUUUGGAGAUCCCACUAAGUUUGGAUUGGGGGCCUUCUCCAUAUUGUUUGACAUUCUCUUUAUGGUGCAGCACUACUGUUUAUUCAGAGGGAGGGAUCCGUAUGAAAGUUUGAACAACUAUGAGGAGGUAUACAGUCCCCUCAUCAAGUAACUGUCUACAGAAGGACAACAGUGAUACUCAGGGCAGCUUAGGUUUGCCAUUAUAUAAGAAUGGCAAGCUCAUAGCAACUCUUCUUUAUGAAUCAGUGCAAUAUAAACCCAUUAGACUGUUGUGUAUCUUGACAAUGACUCAUUUUCUAAAAUGAAGAAUGAUAUACUUGUUAUACAUUGUUAUACAUAAAUGGAAUCUGAGUGAAAUUUUUAUUUUGUAUAUGUACCAUAUGAAGGAAGAAGUGCUUCUGAUCUGUAAAUCAGUUUAUUAUUAAUUAUUAAGAACAUGUUUAUCUUUUCUGUGAUAAUUAUGGAAUUUUAUAUGGAUACCCAUGUAUUUUGUUAAUGCUAAUUACAGAAUACAGUGUAUGCAUUUUUAGAAAAGAAAAAAAAUUAUAUUAAUCUUAUUAAUGAAAAUGCUUGUUGUAAAUUUUGGACAUGUUUUUGAAUUGUUGUCAUACCUAAUGCAUUUUUUGUGAGAUCAUUAAAAGUUGUUUGCAAAA